CAUCCUCAAGCAACUAGCGCGUCCAAUGCAGUCCUCCUGACAGACUUGAAGCGACAGCGCUGACCUGGAUAACCGCUGAGCCUGUGUCCAACGCUGAGGCAGACGGACUCACAGAUACACCGGCCGACAGACAGCGGUGUCAGCGGCCCAUCAGCAUCCAACACUGCAUCCACACCAUCCUUCCCCCAUCCUCCUCCUCUCUGUCACAUCUGACAUGGCGGACCCCAGCCUCACAUCACCCUCUGGGACGCCGCUGCGCUCCCCCAACGCCUCUCUCACCCUGUCCUUCCCCUUCUUGAGGGAGGGGAGCCGGGUGUGGGAGGAAGGGAAGGAGCAACCGCUGCCUCGGGAUCUGCCCAGCCCGCUGCCAACCAAACGCACCCGCACCUAUUCAGCUACAGUACGUGCCCAAUCAGGACCAGUGUUCAAGGGCAUGUGUAAGAACUUCUCCAGGUCACAAGGUCACGGCUUCAUACGACCCUCUCACGGCGGCGAAGACAUAUUCGUUCACAUCUCAGACAUCGAGGGGGAGUAUGUCCCAGUCGAGGGCGACGAAGUCACAUACAAAGUGAGCCGGGUCCCGCCCAAGAACCUGAAGGUGCAGGCGGUGGAGGUGAAGAUCACACAUCUCAAUCCAGGGACGAAACACGAGACCUGGUCUGGGCAGAUCAUCAGCUCAUAGGAUCUGAGCUCCGGGCCUGGGGGGGUCGUGC